CAGAAGAUCAUUUCAUUCCAUUUUUGCUAAAAUAGUGAAGGAGAUUCCAAAAAGGGUGGAGGGAAUCCGUAUAUGUUUUUCCGGUCGAUUAAAAGACGCAGCAGAAAAAGCUCAAACUAAAUGCUAUAAGCAUAGAAAAACUUCUCGUAAUGUAUUUAACCAGAAAAUCGAUUAUGCUCCUGCCGAAGUAUCUACUCGUUACGGAAUCUCAGGUGUCAAAGUGUGGAUUUCAUAUAGUCAAAAAAAAGGGGGACGUGCUAUAUCCGAAACGUACGAAAUAUAGUAAAUAUCGUAAAGGCAGAUGUAGUAGGGGUUGCAAACCGGAUGGUACAAAACUGGGUUUUGGAAGAUAUGGCACUAAAAGUUGUAAAGCUGGUCGUCUUUCAUAUCGAGCCAUUGAAGCAGCGCGUCGGGCUAUAAUCGGACACUUCCAUCGUGCUAUGAGCGGACAAUUCCGAAGAAAUGGUAAGAUAUGGGUAAGAGUUUUCGCGGAUCUCCCUAUUACCGGGAAACCUACAGAAGUAAGAAUGGGAAGAGGAAAAGGAAAUCCUACGGGUUGGAUUGCUCGUGUGUCCACGGGACAAAUCCCAUUUGAAAUGGAUGGUGUGAGUUUGGCAAAUGCUCGACAAGCCGCUACAUUAGCGGCUCAUAAACCAUGUUCGUCAACCAAGUUUGUUCAGUGGUCGUAACGUAAUUGGUUAAUGGAGAAAGCGGGCCGAGAAUCUUAUGUCAAAAGGACCAAGGAUGAUCUUUUCGGAAAGGAGGAGUAGGAGGAGUCAGCUUAUUCUAUAGAUACUGUAAAAGCCAACUCAUGUUUCCACUCAAUUUUCAUUACGAAGAUGUAUCACGUCAAGAUCCGUUGCUCAAACCGAAUCACGCCAACGUUAUGGAAGUUCCUGGAUCGUGUGAAAUAAGAGUAGUACCAAAGGCACCCUAUAAUUUCAUAAUCAAAAAUGGAAAAUUGGCUAUGGAGAUUCCGCGCGGUCAGAAAUUCAUACAGACACAAAGGGGUUCGGCAGGAAAGUCCUUUCGAUCUAAUCCAUUCUUGGGGUCAAAUAAAGACAAAGGAUAUGUAAGUGACCUAGCACGACAAAGCACUCUCCGAGGGCAUGGAAUGUCUAAUUUUUCGGUCAGAAUCUCGACAGUAAUGUCUCUGUUAGAUUUUCCGGUCGAAAUACGGAAAAACUCCAUUCAAUUCUCGAUGGAAACGGAGUUUUGCGAAUUCUCCCCGGAACUGGAAGAUCAUUUCGAGAUCUUCGAACAUAUUAGAGGGUUCAAUGUGACUAUUGUCACUUCGGCCAACACACAAGAUGAGACUUUACCACCGUGGAGCGGCUUUUUGCAAAAAGAUGAGGGGGAAACUCAGUAAGAUGUCGGAGAAGCAAAAUAGUAGAGAUCACAAACGUAGAUUGCUCGCGGCUAAAUUUGAAUUGAGACGAAAGCUUUAUAAAGCCUUUUGUAAAGAUCCCGAUCUUUUUAGUGAUAUGCGGGACAAACAUCGUUAUAAGUUGUCCAAGUUGCCAAUAAAUAGUUCCUUUGCACGAGUAAGAAACCGAUGGAUUUCCACGGGUCGCCCUCGUUCUGUAUCUGAGUUCUUUCGAAUUUCUCGUAUCGUUUUUCGUGGAUUAGCAUCUCGAGGUUCUUUGAUGGGCAUAAAGAAAUCGUCUUGGUAGCAACCACCAAACCAAUAGAACAAAGAAAGGUUAGCUCCGCAGCUGGUCCACAAGCAAG